AUGUUGUCCGGCAUAUUUCUCGCCAAGUUUGAUAUGAAGAAAGGUAACGUUAUUGAAUGGCAGCAGGACUGUCAAGAUUUUCCAAAUCUUGAAUUUAAAUCUUUGCCAUCAGGCAUACACGAACAAGACGACGAUGUUGUGAACUUUACCGUUUUUAAAGACCCCAAUACUUAUGAAAACGGCCUACUCCAAGGUGUAGCAUACUUUAAGCAAAAUAGUUUCGAUACUUUAGAUGACAGUGGCCAAGUUGACAGAAGCAAAAUUCUAAUGUAUUCAUUAGGGAUACUUACAGAGGAUACACUACUGGACGAACAGUAUACCAGUGCCUUAGAGAAAUUAUUGAGUGAUUGGUUAGCAGCUGGUGAACUACACAGCUUUGACACUUUUAUACAAUAUUACAAAGAGCAAAAGACAGGCGGUAUAACAAGACGAAGUAUGACUGAGUAUGUCCCCUAUUGGAUGGAGCAAUUAGGGCCGUUGAUAUUUCCGAUUUGGAAGUCAUGUUUAUUGAAUGAAAAGAUUCUAGUACUCAUACCUUUUGGGUGUUCUUUUGAGACAUGUAGCGCUCUUUGUUAUUUCCUCCACCUUGUUUCAAAUUCAUCCUCGGUUCAAGAGACGCAACUUCUCUUCACAAUUGGAACAUUUGACGUUGAUAGUAUGCUUAAAGGGACAUGUGGAUACAUCGCAUGCACGAGCGAUGAAAUUUUAACGUUGAAUGAUAAGCUGUACGAUAAAUUAAUAAAGAUACCUGGAGACGUUGAGAAUGCAACAGUACAGUUUUUAACCAAUACAAAUGAACUUAUAAAAGGUACACCCCAUGAGUUGGAGUUGUUUCAAAUUAGCGAAAAGAAAGGAAUAUCUGAUUUAUCUGAGCCUCUGACCUGGUCACAAUUUUUCAUGGACAGCUUCUACUUCUUAGGAACAAUAGGUUUCAUUAAGCCGCCAUAUCAUAACCAUAUAGCUGUGAUUGAUCAAGUAUCUAUUCAGCCAGUUUUAUCAUAUUUCAAGAAGAGAACACAGAUUCUUCAUGAUAUAUUGCAAACAAUUGCUUCAGAGGGAAGCACUACGUUAUCACCUAUGGAACUAAACAUGAUGGAUUUGGAUUGUUUCAGUAAGCAAGAUUAUGAAUUUAUUGAGAAAAUCAGUUCUAAAUGGUUUAAUAAGACUAUUCACGUUACUACAAAUAUGAAAUCAUUCUGUUAA